CGAGUGCAUGUUUCGCAGUGGGCGACGAGGAGCGCGGACACGUUUUGACAGAUUCCUCAGCAGAGUUUACAGCUGGGAGGGAAAGGGGCGUUCACCAGUAAGUGUCAAACUCGCUGCUCGCGUCAAGCCACCACCGCGACACUGAGGUCGACCGGAAGCUCUUUAAUAUAAACUAAAAGCAAUAUUUACUGGUGUUCAGAGAGAGAUAGACCGACACUAGGCGUUUGGUAAGACGUGUCACUUUUCUGCGUUUACACAGCUGAAAAGUCGAUUUAUGUGCUGUUUUAAACACGGUGUCGAGACUUGGGGCGGCGCUGCUGACGUUUAUUUUAUUUUUUCGUAUGCUCUGACACUGCGCAAGCGGAAGUGCUUUUUUGUGUUUCCAACCUUGACGUUUCCGACUGUCCGCCCUGCCUACCCGGAGUUCGCGGCAGAAUGCAGCCGCUCUCCACGGUCGCUCUUAUAUAACUUAAACGUGCGUGUCGAGCUCGUUGGCCACUUUUUGGGGGACUUUUAGAGGAACCGUUGGACUCGCCUUUGGAUUUCUUUUCCUCCCACCCACUGCUUCUACGAGAAAAGUCGAGCGAGGUAUUUCUGGCUUCGGAUCGCUUCGACCUUGUUUACUUUAGUUACCAAAUAGUUGCUGCCAAACGGGGGAAAUAUUUGCUCGAGAUUUAAAGAGGAGCUUUUUCAUCGUUUUUGCUGUGUCACCUGCGUGGAAUAUAUUUUAUCCCACGGCUCCCCCGCGCCGACUUUGCGUCACUCCUCGUUGUCUCUCAUUGAGUUUUGACAGGACAUGACCUAAAACGGAGGUCUGCAUCCCUCUCCAAACCAGCAGACAACAAAAUGGACCAGGGCAGCUUGAAGUGCAACAGUAAUCGAGACGACUCCCUGACAUUCAUAGAGUUGGGAACCGGAGAAUGCAAAGAGGCAGCUGACACCACUGGUUCCCUGCUCUGCGCGCUCCACCCCAUUUCCCCAAAUGGGGGAGGAACCAAAGACCAGCUGGAGCACGGAAGCCUCCUCGACUCCCACCAGCAGCGUCAGGCCCUGUUCGAAGUGUCGAACGCAAACGAUCAGAAAAUGGUCAGAAUAGAGAAACGGCAGCAGGAUGUCGGUGUGUUUAACAUUGAGGAGGAUCUGGCUCUGCUGAGCCAAAAUAUUGCCGAUCUGGACAACGUGUCCUCGUCUGUCAUCAACACCUCCGUCCUGAGAAACCUUCCUCUUCCUGACCUUUUCGCCCAGCACAUCAAACAGGAAGUAGACUUCUCCCUGGAUAAAGAAUUGGGAUCUUACGGAGGACUUCCCUCCGCAACUUCCUGCGAUUUGACAGUCGGCACUCGCCUGAUUGAAGACAGUGAGCUUUGGAAAGACCUGGACCUUCCCGGAUCCCUGCCAGAGAUCAGCAACUUUGAGCUGGAUUCCGAAGUGGCUCACUUGGAUAACAUCCUGCACGACGACGGCAGACAUGUCGGAGGCUUGCCAAAAGCCACGCAAGUGCUCACGGGCAAUGGCGGGAACUGUUAUGCUAAUGGCACCGGCCAGCAGCAUCAUAACGUGCUCCAAACUCCUCACCAGCAGCAUCACCUUCCUCAGCACCAAGUUCACCCCCAGCAUCAGCAGCCCGCAUCCCUUCUCUCAAGCGUCAUCAUCAAAGAAGAGAACCCCGGCAAUCCUUUCGCCCACAUCCGUACUCCCAGUAUGGUCAAGCAGGAGAAGCAGGAGCCUGUGUUCUGCCAGGCACAGUGUCUCCAGGGAGGCAUGGGUUCGGUUCAUUUAGGAGCCCCGAUGUCCUCGUCGAUGAGCGUGGACGCGGCUGGCUAUUGCUGCAGAACCAACGCACCCUCCACUAUGGGUCAACAACCCCAGAAGCCCUUUGCCAUGCACUCAAACAUGUCCUCAUUGGGGGAGAGCUGGAUGCGAGGGGACGGGUAUGGCGAGUCCACCGCGAUUCAAAGGACUAACGAUGGGCUCCCCAACGCGUCAAUGAUGAUGUCAUACCCACUCAGCUUCUCCGGCUCCACGUCCAGAGCAGGAGCCGAGUCCAACAGUUGUGUCGUGCCGGGUCCAUCGAAACCCAACGGGCAGACCCACAAAGUGUGUUUGGUGUGUUCGGACGAAGCCUCCGGAUGCCACUACGGGGUGAUAACGUGCGGCAGCUGCAAGGUUUUCUUCAAGAGGGCCGUGGAAGGAUGGAGAGCACGACAAAAAAGUGAUGGCCAGCACAACUACCUGUGCGCAGGAAGGAAUGACUGCAUCAUCGAUAAGAUCCGCAGGAAAAACUGUCCAGCCUGCCGCUUCCGCAAAUGCCUUCAGGCUGGAAUGAAUUUGGAAGCGAGGAAGAACAAGAAGCUGAAGAGGAGAGAGCAGCAGAACAUGCGAGCGUUGGAGCCCGCCGUCCCCGCCAAGGCCAUGCCCGUGGCGGUCAUCCCCGCCAGCAUGCCCCAGCUGGUGCCCGCCAUGCUGUCGGUGCUGCAGGCCAUCGAGCCCGAGAUCAUCUACUCGGGCUACGACGGAUCGCUGCCCGACACGUCGUCGCGCCUGAUGAGCACGCUCAACAAGCUCGGAGGGCAGCAGGUCAUCUCGGCCGUCAAGUGGGCCAAGGCGCUGCCAGGUUUCCGUAACCUGCACUUGGACGACCAGAUGACGUUGUUGCAGUGCUCGUGGCUCUUCCUCAUGUCCUUCGGUCUGGGCUGGAGGUCAUACAAGCAGUGCAACGGGAGCAUGCUCUGCUUCGCUCCCGACCUCGUCAUCAACCAAGAACGGAUGAAGCUUCCCUACAUGAUGGAGCAGUGCGAGCAGAUGCUGAAGAUCUGCACGGAGUUUGUGCGUCUGGAAGUGUCCUACGACGAGUACCUGUGCAUGAAAGUACUGCUGCUUCUCAGCACAGUGCCGAAAGACGGGCUGAAGAGUCAGGCGGUCUUCGAUGAGAUUCGCAUGACGUACAUCAAAGAGCUGGGAAAAGCCAUCGUCAAGCGAGAGGAGAACACCAGCCAAAACUGGCAACGCUUCUACCAGCUGACUAAGCUACUGGACUCCAUGCAGGGGAUGAUGGAAGAUCUCCUCCACAUUUGCUUCUACACAUUCAUGAACAAGACGCUGAGUGUGGAGUUCCCCGAGAUGCUAGCGGAGAUCAUCACCAACCAGAUACCAAAAGUCAAAGACGGCAGCGUCAAGCAGCUCCUCUUUCAUCAGAAGUGAGCGCCGUCGGGCGUACAAGCCAUGCCUUAAAAAAAAAUGCUCCACCGACCACGACCCUUCGCUAGACCGCCGCAUCCUUGCUCAGGUUUGACAACCGCCUGUCAAUUUGGAUCCCCAGAGGAAAUAUUUUUGACCCCUCCUACUACCCCAAGACUGAAGGGUGUGCAAUUUAAUGGUCACACGCUUUCACCGCCGACAGCUAAAAACAGUCACGUGCCGAACACGCCCCCCCCCCCACCCAUCACCCGCCGCCGACCCUCAGAAUGUAACGUGUCAACUAUGUGAUUCUUUUUCCUCUGUGUGUAUAUAAUACUGUAUACCCCAACCUGCUUUCAGCUUUUAACAAGCCACAAAAACAGUAACUGAAAAAAAGAAACAAAAAAAAUAUAUACAGGUAUAUAUAUAUAUUUGUAUAUAUAUAUUUUUUUUUUCCUCCUGUCGUAUUGCACACACUCUCGCUUUUAAGCCAAUUCAGCAACAGCACGUACAAGUGAGAAGGGAAACCAGUGCCUUUCAGCUCCAAAUGCUCUUCAUAUCCAUUCAAUUUAAGUGCUAUUUUUUCUCUUUCUUUGACACGCUAAACUUUGCCCCCAACUUUUCGCCGCGUGAAAAGAUUCUUCAUUUAAAAAAUGCAAACAUCACAUCCACAGUAAUUUUUUUUCCUCGUAUCAUAUAUUGCAUAUUAUAGUGGGGAAUCUAUCAUGAAUCACAAUAUUACUCAAGAAAUAAGUCAUUUUCAUGAAAAACAUUUUCCUGGGUAUUAUUUUUUCUUGAGUGAAUAAAGUUAAAAUUUUACAAGAAAGAAUAUACUACAACAAAAGUUGUACUAUUACAAGAAUGAAGUUGUGAAAAGUUAUAUAUAUAUAUAUAUAAAGGAGCUGUCCCCUCUUAUUAUGCGAGCAAAAUAUCUUGAGAAAGUUGAAUACUUUUAGCACAACAGAAGAGUCAGUAAACACCAAUCAAGUUGGCAAAUUGAAAAAGAAUAAAAGUCAUCAUACUAAGAGUAAAAAGUCCAAAUAUAACAAGAAUGACACUGGGUUGUCUUGUUUCUCCCGUUUUUAUAAGCUAAAAAGACAUGACAUCUAACGCAUCAUUUGUAUUUCAACAAUCAUCUCCAUUCAAUAGUUUUCAUAUAAAUCGAAUGAAGCUUUUAGUCCCUUACGAGGUGUCAUGACACAAGAGACCAAGUCAAAGAAAAGAGAGUUAUAUGAAAUAUUUUUUGGUACCUUCCAAGUUGUUUAAAAAAAUAGACCCAUAAAGUUCUAUUCUCUGCUCCGCUAUUUUCAAAUGCAAAAAUCACUUUGAAAAAGGAAAGAAAUAAGAAUAAAUAAAUAAAUAGAUAGAUAGAUACAGUCACAGGAGAUUUGUACUUGGUGGCUUCUAUUGGUUUGAUGUUUCAGACUUGUGUGCGCGUGAUUACUCCAAUUGUGACCAUUUGCUUCAGGGUGCUCCUAUACGAGAUUCUCACAAUGUACACCAGCUUCAAUGUACUGAUUAUUAACUGGUAUUAUCAUGCAGGUCAUAUGGUGCUUUUCAGGAUGGGUUUCAAAAUUGUCUUUUUACUGCUCCCACACGCAUUUUAUAUACACACACACACACACACACACACACGCGCGCGCAUAUAGAUGGGUCUGUCAAGCAGUGAUGGACAACUUGUUGGAUAAUUUUCUUUCUUUCGACAUUACCUGGAGCCCAUUGAUUUUCAUUGUUGGGCUCUGGAGGAGUGAACUGAGCAGUAGGGAGGGUUGCCAUGGCGACUGGUCAUUUGUGUGUUACUUAGGGAUAACCGCACAGCAUGCCUUAGGCUCAUACGUUCAAACACACACACACACACACACACACAGACGUUUUGUUUUUUUCACCCAGUGCUUAGAAACCAGCCUCGACAUGGAAAUGUAACAUCUAGUCAGUGUACGGGGGGGCAACAGCUUCUACCUGUGUGGGAAAUAAAACAAAAAUCAACUUUGUUUUGUUGUUUUAAAGAAGUGUAAACCACUUUGACUUAAUGAAAAAAUAAAUUUAUCACACCUUUCUUAAAGAGUCACUGUCAUCAUAGGGUGCCUUUGAGAUGUCCUCAUGUCACCAAAACAAUGGAGAUUGUCCACUAAACUUUAUCAUGUCAUUAUUGUAAUUGGGUAUGCUCGUGAACAUGCCAAGCUUGACACCAUCCAUCUACACGCAACUUAUUUUAUAUUGUAUUAUAUUUACACAUAUAUUCAGUCUGCAACUAUCCACAGUUUCAGGCUCCAUUAAAGAAAGACAACAUGCUGGUCAUAAUGCCGCUGAAAGUAUCAGAGGGCUCCUUAAAGAAGCAAUUACCCCAUAAUGACAGGGCGGACAUUUCAGAGACGCGCGCAUAAUGUUCAUUAUGAUUUUAAAAAUAGAAUGUAUAUGAGCAAAGGGACUCAUUUUGGCAAAUCACUUUGGUAUGCACGGAACACCAUGUAAAGGAAAUUAUUUAGUGUCAUUUUAACCCCCGAUUGCACACGCUAUAUUUAGCUGAGCCCUGUGUGGGUUAUGCCAAACGUAUGUACUUCCAUUGAAAAAAAUAAAGGUGUAAAAUGAAGGAAACACGUUUCAUGAGACUGAGAGACCGUUUGACCACUUACAAUAAGACUAACGUUCAAAUGAGGAUGUCUAAGGCACUUUAUCGUGAUAUUGACCCGUCUCCGUUUUCCCGUCCAAGAAAAAAAACAAACGGUAGACUUCAGUUUUUAUGUUGCUAACCAAAAAAGUAGCACGCAAACAGCCACUGAGUCACAUAAUGACAUCAGAUUUAAAUUAUCUUGUAAAUCACUUUAAGACUAAAUUCGCCCAAAUUCACACAAGCCGUUGCGGCUUAGUGCAUGCAGAUAAUUAGACACUUAACAAGCGCUUGUAACUCGAAAGGAGUGUGAUUUAGCCCAAUGACCCCAAACUUUUUUUUCGUCAACCUCAUAUGAAAUGCGUCCAGCUUCAAGAUGUACACAUAUCUACUAAACAAAAAGAGGAGACAGAGAGCCAUAACAGAAAUACCAAAUCAGGAGAAUGUGAAGAAUAUUUGUUUUCGAUAUAGCUGUUCAAUCGGAAAUAUUCUGGUGAAUUUGCGAAUUGCUGUCCAGUUGUGCUAAAAAUGUCAAGGUGGUGACGACAUGAGCGGGUGUCUGUCUUGUGAGGCCAAUGUAAAUGCUACGGGUUAUUCUGUGAAAGGGGUUUGUUUUGUUGAGGUAAGAUUUGUGACCAAAGCUUGAGGAACCAACUCUUUAAAAACAAAAACAACAACAAAAAGUAUUCAGUUGCAUUUGAAGUAUCACUGAGGUUUCUUCUUAUUUUGAUAGGCAUCUUUUCUUUCUUGUAACCGUCCAGCCUUUGGAUCUCAUCGCUAUUGAUGUGAGGAAUACUGGUCACUUUAAUCCCCUACCCCCACCCCCUCCCAGAUAUGGUAAAUAAAAAAAUGGAAUGUAAAUCACUUGUAAAGCGACCGGACCCGGACAAAACUGCACUUAUGCUCCUGUAGGUCGAUAAGAGUCUAUUUUGUAUAAAGUGUCAUCUUUUAAGAUUUCAAGGGCCGAUCAAGUUUUGCUGGUGUGUAUGGUGUUUGUUUUCUUCGCAUUUCAGUUUCAAUGUAAUAAAUGCAAACACAGCAAUGUUUGUUUGAGUGGGAGGAGGGUAUAAAAACAACAAAAAAAAGACAAA